UUCGCCGAGGAUGGCGACGCACAAGCUCUGCGUCAACAACAACAUCAGCAACCACCACAACAACAACAACAAUGGGGAGACGCUCAUCCUGGACAUCGGCCACCACACUACCAUGUCGGACGACGGUUGGCAGUACUCGGGGUACUGGGAGUCACCGACGCCGAUCACACAGGACCACAACGGGGUGGACGAGAUGCUCCACUACGCCGCGUUCGACCAGGUGGCGUCCCCGGGGUCCGACUCCCGCAGCACCGUGCGCUGGACCGACUCGCCGUUCCCCUGCUCGGACGCGGUGACCAGCCCGCCGUACUCGUCGUGCCCGUUCUAG